GAUGCCUAUUUCCUAAGUGGCCAGCACAAAGAGUGGGUCAAAGGUCCUUACUGGCAGUGGGAUAGGGCUCAACCCGCACACACCAUCCACCCAAAAUUUGUAGACUAAAAUACCCUGCAAGCUUCAAUCUCUCAUCCAGAGCGACAGCUAGAGUUCCAAGGGAAGCCGUCACACACGCCAGCAUGGGUAUCGACUUGGACCGUCACCAUGUGCGCAGCACCCAUCGCAAGGCGCCCAAGAGUGACAAUGUUUACUUGCAAGUUUUGGUGAAACUCUACCGUUUCCUCGCUCGCCGCACGGAUUCCAAUUUCAACAAAGUCGUUCUCCGCCGGCUCUUCAUGUCGAGAAUCAACCGUCCUCCUGUCUCUCUCUCGCGUAUUGUGUCAAACCUCAAUGAGUCGCAUAAGGGCAAAACGGUCGUCGUCAUUGGUACGGUUACAGAUGACAACCGCCUUCUCACCAUUCCUAAGGUUUCUGUGGCUGCUCUUCGUUUCACCUCUACCGCUAGAGCCAGGAUUGAGAACGCUGGCGGGGAGACGUUGACACUGGAUCAACUUGCUCUGCGAGCGCCCACUGGAGCCAACACCCUCCUACUUAGGGGCCCCAAGAAUGCGCGGGAGGCCGUGAAGCACUUUGGCUUUGGUCCUCACAGCCACAAGAAACCAUACGUACAGGGCAGCAAGACUCGGAAAUUCGAGAGGGCCCGUGGUAGGAGAAGGUCUCGUGGUUUCAAGGUUUAGGUCACUCUUCUGCAACAGCAGGGCCCUGCUAUUAUUGUUUGCUGUGUGUGAAAUGGGUAGUUUGCCGUUCGGGAACACAUGCGGUUGUAAAGCGCUGCGCAUUUGCAAUCAUUUGACCUUAUGCCCACAGAACUGGCGUUGCGCAGCUAGUUAGGGACGGGUGUAGCCAAAGCUAUCUUUUCAUUGUAAACGUGAAAUGAGAGGGAUUCAACUGUUUCUACGUCAAUUCUAAGUAUCUAGCCGGAC